CCAAGCGAAGGCUGCGGAGGAGAGGAGACGGCGUCUUUUCUUGGCGGGUUUCUGCUGCGUCGUGCUCGUAGCCGCCGUCGCCGCAUCAACGGGCAUCGCUAUGGGGUUCCUAAACCGGCAGUCCUACUCGAAAUGCGACAGCCCCGGAUGCCAUCUGUACAGCGACGCGUUCCGAGCCAGCAUGGACCCCACCGCGGACCCGUGCAAGGACUUCGGCCGAUACGUGUGCGGCCGCUACUCACACCCGAGGAAAUUCUCCGUGGCCGAGGCGGCUGCGCAGAGCUACCGUGACGAGGUGGUCGCGCCAGUCCGCAACGCCAGCCUGGUCGGUACCGGUCAGAACGUCCUGCAGAAGUCCUGGCGCUUCUACAAGUCCUGCGAGGACGUCCUCGAGGGUGGUGUGGACAACACGCCCUACGUGUUGGACACCCUGGACGAUUAUGGCAUUCUGUGGCCCUGGCCAUCGACACAAGAGGUGAACCUUAUUCAUGCCAUGGUGCACCUGGCGACCAGAAUGGCUUGGCCCAGCAUCGUCGACUUCCUGGUAGAACCCCAAGAUAAUGAUGUCGUUAAGGUGACGAUUAGCCCGUCGCCGUACACGGAAGAAGCCCUGCAACGUCGUGAGGGAGUCAACUUGACUGCAUACGAGGCCUUCUUCAAUGUGGCCGCUGAACACUUCUCCAAGGCCUGGGGGAAUGGCAAUCCUAAUACGUCUGCUGUCAACUUUAGCACCAUGUACGACUUAGAAAACGACUACGCCAUCUACUACCACAAGAAAGGCAAGCAAGAGGUGAUCUUCGACGAUAACCUCGCGUGGGUGCAGCAUAUGAGCGCCGUGCUGAAGGCCGAACUGGUGCAGGCGAUGCCUGACCGCGUGUAUCCGCAAAGCCGUCUGAAAAUGGCCGCCAGCCACGAGGAGUUCGUCAACUGGGUCAUCGUCCAGACCAUCGACCACCACACCAACGUCGAGCUCGUGCUCGGUUGGCACGUGGUGCUGCACGUGGCGUCGCUCACGAACCGCGAGCUCGCUGUUCGCUUCCACGAACUCGUCACGGGCUCCGUGGACCCCGCUUGGCAGCACAAGGUAUACGCCCGCAGAGAGGCUUUCCGUUGCGCCUAUUUUCGUUUACGAAAAACCGGGACACCGAAAAUGUAAGCGGCAGCAGCAGAGCUGAUAUCGCCAUCUUGCGGUUCUUUAUUCAACAACAUAGAUUUAAGAGCCUCCUCGAGUGAGAAGAGCAGGAACCCAGUGGUUCGAUUUUGUGUUUUUUAUACAGCCACUUGCAGCAAGCAGACACUGAAACCGGGAUAGCGAAGG